AUGCACCCCAGUGUUCGAUACAAGAUUGGAAUCUUAUUGCUGAGCGCUCUAUUAAUCUUCUACUCCCUAAAUCUAUACUGGAAGGCCGACUUAAAUUUCGCCGCAGCUAUCGAGCCUGCAACCCUCAGGGAGAGGCAAACUCUCCUCUGGCAGCAACUGAGUUCCUUGUUGGAGGACCAUGCGCCGGAAUGCCCUCCCCCGGAGAGAGAUGACAGCUCGGGAGCAAUUCCGUAUAAUGCGGUCGAAAGCGUGUCUCGACCAGACCUGAUUACUAAUUCCGACCGCAUUCAAGAGCCUUUACAGGGGGCGCAUGACAGGUUCGUUGACGCAAUAAAAACCUCGAAUAUAGACAGGGCCUACAGCCCCGGAACCAGCGGGAUCGUGUCAAGCGCUGGGAAAUCCUACAUUCCGCUCUUUGUCACUUCACUACGCAUGCUUCGACGGACGGGCUCAACCCUACCCGUGGAGCUCUUCGUCAAAGACGAAUCGGAAUACGAGACCAAGAUCUGUGAAGAAAUCCUUCCUCAAUAUAAUGCGAGAUGCGUGAUCCUUUCGGACAUCGAGGCGGGACAAGGCUACUCCACAGAGGAGAUCGCCCACUACCAAUUAAAGAUUUUCGCUGUGUUGUUUUCCUCCUUCGAAAAUGUCAUAUGGAUGGACUCCGAUGGCUUCGCGCUCUAUAAGCCCGAGUCGCUGUUGCAGAACGAACCGUUCAUGUCAACCGGUCUCGUGACAUGGCCGGAUUUUUGGGCUUCCACGGCUUCUCCUCUGUACUAUAAUAUAUCUCGACAACCAGUGCCAUCAAUGACCGAGCGUGCGUCCUCAGAGACGGGGGUAUUUCUCAUCUCUAAGCAGACUCAUUUCUUGACUUUGCUGCUGGCCGCGUAUUACAAUUACUACGGACCAUCACACUAUUUCAUGCUACUAUCACAAGGUGCCCCAGGAGAAGGGGACAAGGAAACAUUCAUCCAAGCCGCAGCCGCCAUGGGCGAGCCAUUCUACACAGUGAGCGAGAAGGUAUCCGCCGUGGGUCAUCCAAAGCCAAACGGAGGUAUUUCAGGGUCUGCCAUGGUCCAGGCGGACCCUAUCGAGGAUUACCGAUUAACCACCCAAGGGCAUUGGCGUGUGAAAGAUCCGUCUGCCGCGAAGGCACCUCGGGUGUUCUUCAUCCAUGCGCAUUAUCCCAAGUUCAACCCCGCAGAACACCUUUUCGGCAAUCACUGGGAGACCGCUCCGACGUUGAAGCCGGAUGGGAGCGAUGGGAGAGCAUGGCUUGUUGCUGAGAAAACGUUGGAACGGUUUGGUUUCGACGCGGAGAAAAGCUACUGGGAGGAGAUCAAAUGGGUGAGCUGCAACCUGGAGCAUGUGUUUGAAUCCUGGAAGGGCAAGUCUGGGAUUUGUGAUCGUGUAUCGGAAUACUGGCGCAAUGUGUUUGAGAGUUCAGAUGAAGAAACACCCGUCUUCACGCAAAAAUAG